GAUAGCUUCCGAUAACAAGCCACCAAACCUAAGCAGCCGACAAUCGAAUCCGAAUUUCCCUCUUUCUGUUAAAUUAAGUUAAAUAAGAACAUGGAGUCAUCGCCCACGCCCACCUCGUUCACACCGCCCCCAUGGGCGCCCGAGGGCAUGGACGACAUCCAGUACCUGCUGCACCUGGAGGCGAUGCGGCGCUUAGAGGAGGACAGUCGCAACGUGAAGCGCCAGGUGGAGGAGCAAGUGCGCACCUGGCUGGACGCCAAGUGCGAGUACCAGCGCGAGUUCGGGCGGCUGGCCAGGCUCCUGAAGUGCGCCUCCCUGCAGACGGCCGUGGAUGCCCAGCGCGCGCCCGAUGUGGAUAAAAUCGAGCAGGCGGCCAGGGAUGUCGCUAGUCUGCGCUCCAAACUCAGCAGCGAUCUGCGUCCCGCCACGCUGGACUCCAAGGAUGUGGAGCAGUGCCGGGAGCAGCUGAGGAGCGCCCACAAGCCGCGCCUGAAUCUCAGCCGGCAGCAGCGCGAGUUCGCCCAGAACCAGGAGGCGUUCAACGGCCUGCGCACGGCCGUCGAUGGAUUGGAGAAUGGCAUGGAGCUGGGCGUGAUGCAGGCCAUGGACCGCCUUGUGGACGACCUGCUGCCUCCGCGCGACUCAGUCAACUAGCUUGCCACAAACGUGUAUACAUAUUUAUAUUUAUAUUUAUAGCAUAUAAAAUAGUUUAAAACAUUAAGAGUGGAUCACUGCGAAUGAAAAGCACGAGCCACAACGAAUGCAGGUCCAACCGACGAGGAUAUUUGGCAGCGGCGUUCUGGAAAAUAAAUUGAAAUUCUAAUAAAUACUGUUGUCGGCAGACAUA